CGGGAUCCACAGGUAGCAGCCCAGAUCCCCUCUCAGGCCGGACGGGAUGCGGCCUCUUCCUCCGCUUGCCGCCCCGGUAGCGGCGCAAGCGAGGAGUGUGCGAGGAGGAGGAUUAGGAGGGCGAGGAGGAGGAGGGCGAGGGCGGCGGCGGGAAGGAGAGGAGCGAGCCCGCCUUUUUUGCCCGCCGGGCGAGAGCAGCGAGGGCCCCCUCGGCCUUGGGCUCUCUCGCUGCUGAGCAGUGGGAAGCAAGGCCCGGAGGACCCACGGCAAAGGGGACACCCGGAGGAGAGUCAGCCUCUCCCUCCUCCAAGGAGAGUUCCCAGGCAGGCCUUUCCAGCCUCUCCUUCCUGGGCCAGAGAACUGGACAAGACACCCAACAAGAAGACUUUGGGAGCGACCCUUUCAUUUAUGUAUUUUGUCGGAGAAGCCAAGCCUCAUCCUUUGCUGCCUCCUCUUCUGGCUCUUCUGUUGGCAUCCAACCAAGGAAAAUAAGUUGCUUGUGCUUUUGGAUCCUAGCAUCUCAGGGACCUCAAGGGACACCUCGUCCUUUACCCUGCCAGACAGGAACACACAAAGCAAAGCACUCCUGAAUUCCAGCCCCUUCUUCCUGGACCAGAAAACUGGGCACGCAACAAGAAGACUUUGGGAGCGACCCUUUAUUUAUUUAUUUUGGUGGAAAAGUGAAGCCUCAUCCUUUGCUGCCUCCUCUUCUUCUGGCUCCUCUAUUUCCAUCCAACCAAGGAAGAUAAGUUGCUUGUACUUUUGGCCACCAAUCGUAGCAUCUCAAGGACCUCAAGGGCCAUCUAGUCUAUCACCCUGCCAGACAGGAACACGCAAAGCAAAGUGCUCCUGAAUUCCAGCCCCUCCUUCCUGGACCAGAAAACAGGGCACCCAACCAGAAGACUUUGGGAGUGACCCUUUCGUUUAUUUAUUUAUUUCGGUAGAUAAGUGACACCUCAGAUGGUCAAGGAACCCAAGACUUUUGGACCAGCCCUGCUUUCAUUUACUGUCAUUGUGAAGCCUCCGAUUAUAUCAAGGAACCCAAAGUUACACUUGGAACUAUCCAUCUUCUGCUUCUCCUGUGACAUUUGAGGCACCCCCAGUGGUCUCAUGUAGCUGCCAGAGUUGUGCUCUGCCCUCCAAGGGAUGCUUGCGGAUGGGCUCCUUUGCCGGCUGGAGUCCCUGUGUGCCGGGCUGAGCCCCUCCUGGUCUGUGUCCACGUGAGAGGAGGUCCCAGGCCGUGGCCAGGAGUGGGCCCUGCCCUCUUCGCUCCGCCCUCAUCUGGGAAAAAGCUCGAGAAGGAUGCUGGCCGGAUGGAGAGAGCUGUCUACAGGGAUAAGUGCUGUACUUUGCUGCCUCCUCUUUUUCUGGCUCCUCUAUUCGCAUCCAACCAAGGAAGGAAAGGAACUGGAAGUAGGGACGUGUGAAAUCACAGCAUUGGACAGAGAUAUGAGCCAUCCCAAGAGGAUGAUCGCCAGGCAGACGGCACGGUGUUCCUGUCGGCGGGGCCAAGUCGCUGGAACAACAAAAGCAAAACCUGCCUGUGUGGAUGCUCAGAUCAUUGUCAACAGACAGUGGUGUGGGAUGGAGCCCUGCGACGAUGGGGAACAAUGCACAUUGCUAAUAAAUCGUUCAGGUUGGAGCUGCACUAGGCAACUGGGACGAAUAAAAACAGUCACGGUCUCUUGACAACAGUUGUGUGUUUCUCUGCAAGACCAGCCUCUCUCACUUCCUGUGCACAGAAGCCAGGGCUUGACGGUCAUCUAAUCAUUGGGGGAAAGGGACUGUUGACGAGUUCACUAUGGGAUCAGCUCUAUGAAUCAGGACAUGCCCUGUCUGUUUUUGUUCUUGUAUCUGUUCAUGGGACACAGAGACUACCAGAACAGCAUAUCAGAAUUUUGUAUGGGAGGGUUUAUUUUCUCUCCCCCCAUUUCCCCCCAGAAGAAAAUGCACCUAUUUCUGGCUUAAUUCGUGGGGUUUUGAGCUGAAGUAUAGCUUUCUGUAGACUUUUUUUUCCCUGUGGCAACAGAGCAUUUGCCUUGGUAUUCAAGAUUACCGCAGGCCUCCUAAAUCUGAGGAGAAUUUAUGCUUCCUUGAGACAUAUGGUCAUGACAGACUGAAGCAGUUGCUAAGAGUCUGGGAUGUUCUCCAGUUGCUGUGAAGAAAAUGUUCUUUGUGCCUCUUCCUUUCACUCAUCAAAAUCCAUCCAAAGGAGGUGAGAAGAUGAUAAAGGAACAUGAUGCCGUGGCCGCUCUGGACCAUUGUCUGCUUUGCCUAUGGAGGAAAAGUGUUUCCACAAAGACUUUGGAAGAUACUCUAUUCAUGCCACUCUCUGAUAAAAGUUCCCUGUGCAAUGGCAGGGUGAUUACCCUGGACCAAAAAUGUGUAUUUCAUGAGCUUCUACUUUCCAUUUGUGUUUACAGUGUUUUAUUUAUAGCAAUUUACUCAUUGCACCUGCCCAAUCAACUUUUGAGAAUCAUUCACAAUGUAAUCAGGACAAGCUCGGAAAUUUGGGACGCAUUGAUUUAAUAGGAUUACUUGCAUUUUUCUAUUAAUGCAUUCUGACUUUAGAAGGUAUUCUUGGGAUUGAGUUUUUAUGUGUGACUUUAGAAGAUAUAAACUCCCAUCUGAUUCAUCCCUUAGGUCAGAUCAGUUAAUUGGUACUAUGUGGGAAUUUACUGGAAAAUGUUUGCUUUUUCCCCAAGGUGUAACAUGAAGCAGAGGCUCUGAAAAAGAUAUGUUUUCAUUAUUGCGCCUUUGCCUGGAAUGGUUAUCCCUCAAAGUUAUAUUAUUUAGGAACUGAAGCUGCAUCUGGGAAGCAGUUUCGCCCACAGUUGUUUGAGUGCUAUAGUACUAAUCUGCAAGUGGAAAAGAGGGCACCAGUUUAGGCUGUGAGUUGGUGCUAAUUGCUAGUCUAGAAUGUGCCAUUCACAAUAAACCUGCUCAGCCUUGGUUGCCACUGGAUUUACUGGCAAGUAGAAUGAGAACAGGCACAGCUCCUUUGUGGUAAGCAGAAGAAUGCAGUAUACAGAAGAGGCAGAUGUGGCUCGUUUUUAUCCAAAUCUUUGCAGUGCUAACCCUGCAGAGGAUAUCUUGUUUAAUGCUGUUGAGCAAAAGCUUCACCAGCACUCUUAAGGAGAUAGAGGCAGCAGCAGUCACGGAGGCGGACACAGUAGGACUAGUAUCUUCACAUAGCUGCUCCAGUAGUCCUGGGUGUUGUAGUGGUCAUGGAGUGAUGGGGAGGAGCUGUACUUGUACAUGUUUCCACUGUGGAUGAAUGGGACAUGCAUAGUGGGCAUUUGAUCCCUCCUUAAAGGUCUGACUAGUACAGCCUCUACGAGGAUUCUAGCCAGCACGUCUCAGACACAGGUCCCAGAAAAAAAACCCACAUAAUGCUGCAUUAUAUAUUCUACAUUGCCUAUUCUUAUUGGGUAGAUCCGAUAGAGGAAGCCACAGCCCUGAGUGUGGAGGGUGUCUUGGAGGUCUGUUAUUCACAGGGUCACCAAUUAUAACCCUACAGCCUUUUCUAGUUUAGAAGGUGCUAGUUUCACAUCUUGCCUAUGCAUGGCAAAGCCAUGUCCUCUCCCAGCCAAUCCUUUAUAAAAACACCCAGUUUAUUGACCCACUGCUGUUUUUUCUUGAUGAACUGUCCUGCUGAUUUCAACUCUUCCCCAAUGUAGUAAUGACACUCCUUUAACUUCUCCCAUCGUACUGAUCUCACCAGCUUCCAAGAGCCUGAUUUUUUAAAGCCUCCCAAGACUCACUCGGUGCUAGUGGCCGAUGUAUGAGAAAGCUGUAGAAAGUCCAACACUCUUUACCUGUAAAUAUCAAAGUUCUUGAGGCCAACUCCCAACUCAGCAUCCUUUUAUUGUCUUAUUGUGACUCAUGUUUUGAGAGCCUUUUCAACUGUAAUCUCCAAACUUUGUGGCAUCAAGAAAAAUGUUAGGAAAUAAAACUCUAACUUUA